AUGAUGAUGAUGGAAAACGAUAUGAAGCCACCGUCAUCACUGCACGAUGCGUACUCAUCGCUGUACAUGCAAAGUGGCUUUGCAUUACCACCGACGUCCACAUCGUCGAUUCCGUCCGAAGAAAUCGAUCCAGAUUCACCAGGCUCGCCUGGUUCGAAAGAUAAGAAAAGCGAUGAUCGAGUAAAGCGUCCGAUGAACGCAUUUAUGGUAUGGUCACGUGGACAACGCCGUAAGAUGGCGCAAGAGAAUCCAAAAAUGCACAACUCAGAGAUAUCCAAACGACUUGGACAGGAAUGGAAAUUGCUUAACGAAACGGAAAAACGACCAUUCAUUGAUGAAGCGAAACGACUUCGCGCUAUUCACAUGAAAGAACAUCCUGAUUAUAAGUAUCGCCCAAGGCGGAAGACCAAGAAUAUUCCCAAAAAGAAUGGACUAUCGAUGCCGUCCUCGUUCCUCGAUCCCAUCAAAACGCAGAACCUCUAUCAGCCAAUGGCCACCUCAUGGCAACAACCCAUAACAUCUGUAUCUGCAUCACCGUACUUUGAUUCAUAUCCGUUGUAUGGUCGAGCGAAUUACGAGAGUAUGAUCGGCAUGCCAUAUUCACUAGCCAAUACUGCAUCACCUGCAGCUGCAGCACAAUACCAACAGACUUCUGCAUCAUUGGCCGCAGCUGCUGCAGCACAAUAUCACCAGGUAGCUGCAGUUCAGCAGCAGCAGCAGCAGCAGCAGCAGCAGCAGCAGCAUAUGCAGCAACAACAACCGAAUCAAGUGCAGUCUCAGCACUACACCAACAGCAGCACUGCGGCUGCAUCCAGUAUUGUAUUACCUGUCAAGCAUGAAUCCGAUACCACAACCACGUCCGAAUCACCUGACUCGUCGUCAAUUGCCGAGUCACCAUUGGCUUCUCAGUUCCGUGCCUUUUACGAACCGCACAAGGACCCGAUGAACAUGUACUUGCCUCCGCAAGCUCACGAUCCUCGACUUCAGUACGCCACGCUCAAUGGUGUCGACUCUCAUAUGAAUAUCCCACUUCAGCAUAUGCAGUCCAUGUGA